AUUUACUGUCUGACCAGACAAAAGGGUAGGGUAGCUUCCGCUGUGUCGUUAUUAAUAACAUAUGCCAAUGUAAGGAAUUUUCAGUCUGAUUUUUUUUUUUUUAAGUACUCUGAAAAAUAUGAAAUGUAAAAACUAAAAUGUAGCCUAUAUAGUAGUGUCGCCUAUGAUUCUUAGGAAGUUUGAAAUAUCUAAAUUACCGUGUAAUAUUUAGCUUCUAGUUUAUAUUUCAAUAAGGCAGGUCUAUAGCUAAUUUUUUUAGAAUACUACAUUUUAAUAUUUUAAACCAAUGUAUGAAUUAAUAACAUGGGCAAAAUACCUCUGAAUUAAAUAAACCGAAGACGACAACCCGAGGACCAAAUUUGUUUACGAGACCUCUAGUAUGUUAUUAUAACUCAACAUUGUUUCAGUCUUUCUUAAAUCUUUUAUCUUUACACUCUUGCACGCGAUUUUAUUACCUGUAGUCCGUUCACCUUUGUAUUUUGCUGGGUCAGACGAUGGUGACGACAUCACCCCCACCCACCUGCGUCGAUACCUUUCGUCCUCACACAGGUAAAUAGCGGUGAAUGUACACCUGGCUGAACGUAGCCUACCUGUAACGACAAAACGGGCAUUAGGCGGAAGAUUUUGAGGUAGAUGGGGUUGGAAACAGAUCACGAAUGAUUCUUUGGGGGGAAAAAUAGAAAGGUGAAACUUUAUUUUGUCAGGACUCUCUUUUUGUCGACAUGGAAACUAAACUUCGGGGACUAGGUCGCUGUUCCUGUGCCUUUUGGCUCGCGGUCGCCUUUGAUACUUUCGGCCUGAUCGUUCUUAUGACCGGAGUGUUCGGGGAUCUGUUCUUCUAUGACUUCCUCAUAUAUGCCGGCGCUAUCAUAAUCUUCCUGAGCCUGAUCUGGUGGGUCUUCUGGUACACUGGAAACAUCGAGGUACCGCCGGAGGAACUUGAGGAUGACGUGGGUUUGUUGAAACGGGACAGAGGUAUCGCAGGUGUCGUGAGGCGCCUGUCCAGUCGUCUGUCCAACAGAAUAAGAAACUCUUUCCGAAGGAAUGGUGCUGUCCACAGCCGCCGCGGGGACCCUGAUGCCAUGCCCCGACAGCCUAUACAAGCCCAGGGUGGCCAGACGCAAGGACCAGAGACGCUUCCCAUGGGUCGGCGUGACAACCUGCACACAGUAUCAGCCGCUGUGGACGGCGAGCCGGCACCCAUCUCCACUACGGAAACUUCGGCUAUAUGAACCCCUAAAGUUGAAGUGAAGAUGCGCGGUCAUGCGGAACACGGGCAUCCGCCUGCGCGCUGUUGCUGUGGAAAUGCAGUCUUUCUCUGCAGUUUACAAGAGAUUAAUGCUUCUGGAACCCGAAAAAGUGAUUGUCUACGUUAUUGUAGAAUGGACAUAAUUUUAUUCAGAUUUGAGUCUAUUUUCUUAUUUGUGUUGCGUUUUAGUAUACUGUAAAUAGACUAAUUCAAGAUAAUUUUUGUACAUGGCUCUUUUUGUACAUGUCUUUUUUUGUACAUGUAAAAUAUCAAGGAGAAAAAUAAAAAUUAAAUGAUUGUCUCGUUUUA